UUCCAGUCUUGGCAUCUUGCUGCCUGAGUGUCUGGGUUGCCUCUAUGAAGGUAUCUGAGACUCUAUAUAUGUAUGUCUGUGUUUCUGCUGUCAGUCUGGGCCAGUGUCUACUUUGCUUCCUUGGGUAGAUGGAUGAAGGUCUGUAAGUCAUUGUAGGGGUAUAUGGGGUGAAUUUGGGGUUCAGUGGAACCAUGGCUUUCAACCUGUGGAGCCCUGGAGGAAAGGGCUAAGGUAGAGGCAGAAAGAUAGGGAGGCUUCUUGCCCAUCCCCCAUCCCACCAGGGUUUUAGCCCAGAGGAGUGCCCACACAGUACAAGAGGCCUCUAGUGGGCUCUACCCUGGAGGUGCCUAUUCAGGAGCCCAACCCCCCAUUCCUUCACUCGCCGCUGCCUACUGGCCUCUGUGGCUUGGUGUAUCUUGGGGCUUUUGUUUGUGUUUGUGUUUGUGUGUUUGCUUUGCUAGAAAUGAACGCAGAGCCUUACAUUGGGUGUGGUCCUGCCACCGAACCCCAUUUCCUCCCCAGUUUCACUUUCUAAGGGUUCCUGUCUGAAGGGGAUUUGUUCAUAAACCCGUAUAGCCCCCAUCCCUGGUUCUACAACACAGGCUGUAGGUUCUCGGGUGUGAGGACAGGGCCUGACAGCCUCUGGCUCUCUCUUCUUCCAAGAUUCAUUCACACAGUUUUACCCAGGAACCCUGGUCUGUAGGACCGGAUUUUUUCCCAAGCAGGGAAGUGACUUGCCUGAGCUAGGACAGGACAGCCAAGUCGGUCAGAUUCCGUGCCUCCCUCCACCGGCUGAACGACUCUGGUUGCUACAGCGGGUCUUCAGUUUUGUUCGAGCACCCUAGUUCAGCAGCCACAGAAGCCUGAGCCACCGGGUGAGAUCCACACAGAGUUUUGGACCGGUGGGGCUAUGCCAAGGCAUAACUUCUGUGCCUCCCCACUGCGGCUUUCUGGUGUUCAUGUCCAGCCCCCAGCACUGUCUUCCACCCUUGGUAGUCAAGCCGGCUGGGUGGGAUUGAUCAGGCCUCUUCAAGCUCUCUCGGCCUCAGUUAACUAACUUGAAAAGCCGUGUGGUCUGGUGGAUCUACCGCUCUACCAUCUCACCUACGGACUGCCGGGAGCUCCUCCUCCCCCUAGUUAGAAGAGAGCUCACAGGGGCACAGGGGUGCAGCUCCCUGCCUCUGCUUUUAGGUCUCUGCGCCCUUGGAGCUCAGGCUGCUUACCAGACCUGGGGAUGUUGCAGAGUGGGAUGACUAUGUUUCCCAUUUCCAGAAGAGCAUCCUGAGGGAGACUCGCAGAUAUGGGGUUCACCCCAACUCUCAUUACCCACUCCACCGCAACACUCGUCCAUCCUCAGCCACCCUCUGGGAGCACCUGAUUUCGGAUUAAGAAACAGAGUCUGAGUGGGUGCUUGCAGCCUGAGCGGACGCCGCGGGCAUGGACUAUUCGUAUGACGAGGACCUGGACGAGCUGUGUCCGGUGUGUGGUGACAAGGUGUCGGGCUACCACUACGGGCUGCUCACGUGUGAGAGCUGCAAGGGCUUCUUCAAGCGCACAGUCCAGAACAACAAGCAUUACACGUGCACCGAGAGUCAGAGCUGCAAAAUCGACAAGACGCAGCGUAAGCGCUGUCCCUUCUGCCGCUUCCAGAAGUGUCUGACGGUGGGCAUGCGCCUGGAAGCUGUGCGUGCUGAUCGAAUGAGGGGCGGUCGGAACAAGUUUGGGCCCAUGUACAAGAGGGACCGGGCCUUGAAGCAGCAGAAGAAAGCACAGAUUCGGGCCAAUGGCUUCAAGCUGGAGACUGGACCCCCGAUGGGGGUGCCCCCGCCGCCCCCUCCCCCUCCGGACUACAUGCUACCCCCUGGCCUGCAUGCCCCUGAGCCCAAGGCCUUGGUCUCUGGCCCACCCACUGGGCCACUGAGUGAUUUUGGAGCCCCAGCUCUGCCCAUGGGUGUGCCUGGUACCCAUGGGCCUCUGGCUGGCUACCUCUAUCCUGCCUUCUCUAACCGCACCAUCAAGUCUGAGUAUCCAGAGCCCUAUGCCAGCCCCACUCAGCAGCCAGGGCCACCCUACAGCUAUCCAGAGCCCUUCUCAGGAGGGCCCAAUGUACCAGAGCUCAUACUGCAGCUGCUGCAGCUGGAGCCAGAGGAGGACCAGGUGCGUGCCCGCAUAGUGGGCUGCCUGCAGGAGCCAGCCAAAAGUCGCUCUGACCAGCCAGCGCACUUCAGCCUCCUCUGCAGGAUGGCUGACCAGACCUUCAUCUCCAUUGUCGACUGGGCACGAAGGUGCAUGGUGUUCAAGGAGCUGGAGGUGGCUGACCAGAUGACAUUGCUGCAGAACUGCUGGAGUGAGCUGCUGGUGUUGGACCACAUCUACCGCCAGGUCCAGUACGGCAAGGAGGACAGCAUCCUGCUGGUCACUGGGCAGGAGGUGGAGCUGAGCACAGUGGCGGUGCAGGCUGGCUCCCUGCUUCACAGCCUGGUGCUGCGGGCACAGGAGUUAGUGCUACAGCUGCAUGCACUGCAAUUGGACCGUCAGGAGUUCGUCUGUCUCAAGUUCCUCAUCCUCUUCAGCCUCGAUGUGAAAUUCCUGAACAACCACAGCCUGGUGAAGGAUGCCCAGGAGAAAGCCAAUGCCGCCCUGCUGGAUUACACCUUGUGUCACUACCCGCACUGCGGGGACAAAUUCCAGCAGUUACUAUUGUGCCUGGUGGAGGUGAGGGCACUGAGCAUGCAGGCCAAGGAGUAUCUGUACCACAAGCAUUUGGGCAACGAGAUGCCCCGCAACAACCUUCUCAUUGAGAUGCUGCAGGCCAAGCAGACUUGAGCCUGGGCACCUGGCGGCAGGCAGUAGGUAGGGAUACCACUGCCUCCAAAUGACUCAUUGCGUUAGAUCAUCCAGGAGCCCUGUCCCUAGGCCCCUGCCCUUGAGCUCCAGAGCUGUGUGUUUGGGAUGGCGGGCAAAGAUGGGCAGGGUCUGCCUGGGGAAGGUUGCCCUCACCAGCCACUGGCACAUAUCUGCCGCUUAGAGUGCCCCCAAGAGGUGGCUUCCAACUACUCCUUCCUCCACCUGCCCCUAGCUUCUUUCCUGGAAUCUGAGGUACAGGUCCGGGGAGGAGGUUUGGGAUUCCCUGGUGGACCUUGAUGCCCCUUGGGUCAGAGGUCAUCCUUUCCCUCUCUCCUGUAAUGGAAGCAGGGGAAGGUCUACAGGCAUCAAUGAGGGCAGGGGAGGGGGUCUCCAGACUUCCUCCGAAGAAAAGAAGGAAGUCCACUGCUGUAAACUGAGUCUGCUAAAUUGGGUAGGGCCUGAUUUCCCUAGAGGACACCGGGAGCCUGGGGAGGGCAAAAAGACCCCUCUCCGGCCCUCCACCUGUCUAACUCUGAUCCAUUCCCCGAGAAAAGGCUUUGCUGUAACCAUCUUCCCAGCCGCGACCUAGGUGGGUGGAGUCUGGUGGAGUCAACAGUCUUGCCCUGGCCCCGCCCAGUCACUACCGGCUGGGCUGGUAUUUACCUGUGAGGCUGCAGUCACCAAGAUUCUUUGGUAUUUGCUUUUCCUUCCCCGCUGGACAGUCCUUGGAAGCUGUGUGAGAGAGAAACAGCGGGAGACAGACUGAGGACUGAGCUGGGAUACGGGGAUUACCACCACAGUUCCCCUGGUAUCUCUUUCCAAGAGUCCAGGAGGCACCCGCUCAUCUUUGUGUACUCCCCGCCCAACUCCAGAGAGGAACUGUAGCUUGCCCUCUACCUUCUCCACUAGGACAACAGCAGGAGACCUAGAGUCCCUGCAGGCGGGGAUACGGGGACCUAGGAGGACUCAGGAGUCUUAAGAUGGGGACAGUGCCGAGGAGUCUCUCAUGACUCCAUCCUUUUGGAUCCCUUACCACAACUCUUGAAGCUGGCCUCAGUUCUCUGGUCUCUACAUCCUGAAAGUCAUUCUGCAGGGCCAGGCACUGAGGGGAGAGGCCUAAGCCGUCCUCUGUUCCAGACUGGGGUUCCCUUGCCCUUCCUGCUUUCAUGUCAUACUUACAGCUUAUGCUAGCCCGCUCAGUUGGACAAGGCUGUCUCCUGCCUUCCACCAUCCUGACUCAGAUACCACCUCUGCCCCUGAAAUGUGUGUCCCUGCCAAGGCCAAGACCCACUACCCUGAAACAAGAAGUGCCCUUACAAGCCCAGCACCCCUGAAGCCCUGAAAUAAAUUUUGCAAUUAGUUUCCAGUA